GGCCCUUCCGUCGGGGCAGGGAGGGGGCCGCUGGGUACGCGCAGGGCGGCGGGGGCAGCAUGGCGGAAGACGAGAGCGACCAGGAGGCGGAGCGCCUCAGCGAGGAGCUGGAGGCCCUGGUGCCGCCGGGCCCGCCGCCGCUGCUGGGCAGCCAGGCCUACUGCCGCCGCUUCUGCCAGGUUGUUGAAGACUAUGCUGGAAGAUGGCAGGUUCCUUUGCCUCAGCUUCAGGUGCUUCAAACGGCUCUCUGUUGUUUCACGUCUGCCUGUGUAUCAUUUCCAGCUGAAUGUGAGCACGUACAAUAUGUAUUGAGUAGCCUAGCUUUGAGUUUUUUUGAAUUGCUGCUGUUCUUUGGAAAGGAUGAGUUCUACGAAGAUCCUUUGAAAGAUAUUUUAGGUUCAAUCCAGGAAUGUCAGAACCUUCUAAAUAGAUACAGAAAUAUGAACCUGGAACUAGUGACUCGAAUCAUUCGAGAUGGUGGACCAUGGGAGGAUCCGGUAUUACAAGCAAUUCUUAAAUCAAAGCCUGUAUCACAGGAAUUAGUUAACAAAUAUUUAAGCUCUGAAAAUCCACUGUUCUUUGAACUACGUGCCAGAUACCUUAUUGCCUGUGAACGCAUCCCUGAGGCAAUGGCUCUUAUCAAAUCUUGCAUAAAUCAUCCAGAUAUCAGUAAAGAUCUGUAUUUCCAUCAAGCUCUUUUCACCUGUCUUUAUAUGUCACCAUUAGAAGAUCAGCUAUUCCAGGAGCACUUGUUGAGGACUGAUUGCAAGAGUGGAAUUGAGAUCAUCUGCAACACUGAAAAAGAAGGGAAGACUACCUUAGCCUUACAACUAUGUGAAUCGUUCCUAGUCCCACAGCUCCAAAAUGGGGACAUGUAUUGUAUAUGGGACCUGAUCUUCAUUUGGAGUAAACUACAGCUUAAAUCUAACCCCUCAAAACAAGUAUUUGUCGACCAGUGCUACCAGCUUUUAAGAAUUGCUACAAAUGUCAGAGUAAUUUUUCCUUUCAUGAAAGUCAUUAAGGAUGAAGUCGGUGAGGAUGGUCUUCAGAUAUGUGUUGAGAUAUGUGGAUGUGCCCUGCAGUUGGACCUCCGUGAAGAUCCCAGUAUGAAAAGUCUUAUUUACAAAGCAAUUGCUCACUUUCUGCCAAAUGACUUGGAGAUCCUCAGAAUCUGUGCGCUUUCGAUCUUUUUUCUUGAACGCACCUUAGAAUCUUACUACACUGUUGAACAUUUAUAUAAAUGUGCAGAUGAAGAAUACAAUGAAUGCACUAGUUCUGUUCAAAACCGUGUACGUUUUGAAUUGCUUCCAAUUUUGAAAAAAGGUCUGUUUUUUGAUCCUGAGUUUUGGAAUUUCUUGAUGAUCAAGCAGAACUGUUUAGCAUUAUUGGGGGAUAAAGCCUUUGUAGGCUUAAAUGAAAGUACACUGGAAAACUCUACUGUAAAUGUAGAGAAGCUAACGGAGUACAGGGCUCUGAGUGAGGAGCAUGUCUGUCCACCAGAUGUAAGCAAUGGGGAGCUUGACUCUGAAGCCCAGUCCAAAGGUAAUGCCAAAAAGAACCACGAAGCUCUUGAAGCAUCUAAAAUGUUGGAUAAUACUGUACCAAGCCACCGCUGUGUGAUAUGCAACAAGGAAUUCCUUGGUGAUCACAUUGUGAGGCAUGCACAAGCUCACCAAAAAAAGGGCAGCUUUUCCUGUGUACUUUGCACCAGAAAAUUCAGGCAAAAGGGACUCAUGCUGAAGCACUUAAAGAAUCAUGUCAGAAAGAUAGAAAGGCAACAUCUUGCUGCGGUUCUUGAGGCUGAUCAGCAGGCCCCUGUUUUAAAUGAACUAGAAUGUUCUGAUGCUUCUCCCUCUCUUGAAAAUGGGAAUUCUGGUGGUCCUAAAGAAGAGGAACCAGCGAUUGCAAUAGCUCCGAGUGCAGUUGCGGAAGAGGAGAAUGCUGAACAGGUAUUUGAUGCAGUAGAAAACCAUCUAAGUGACCAGGAUGAUGUUACUGAAAACAGUAGUUGUGACAGCUGCUUUAAUAAUAUUCCUGAUGCUUUAAGUACAGAAAGUUUGCCUGAAGAUGAUGAGAGCUCCAGUAAAGAGUCACCUAUUCUACAUAAAGUGAAUGGAGCUUUUUGUCCUCAAAAAGAUAUUGAUGCUAUGGAUCAAGAAGGAAGCUUUAAGUGCCCUGCUAAUGGUUGUGCUAGAGCAUUUAAAAAGAUAAGAUUCCUCAAUAAACACGCCAGAAAAGCUCAUCCAACUGAUUUGAAGGUGCAGCAACAUAUAAUGAAAUGGAAUAAAGGAAAAUGUCGGUUCUGUCAGAGAAAAUUUGCUGAUUCCCAACAUUUUAUAGACCACCUGAAGAGACACGUGUAUCCAAAUGUUUACUUUUGUUUACACUUUAAUUGUAAUCAGAGAUUUAAGCUGUCAACUGAGCUUGCAGAGCAUACAAAAAGUCAUAAUGUUUUUAAAGCUCAGUGUAAUUUUGCAGAGUGCUGUGAGCUAUUUGAGGAGCUCCCUUUGCUGUAUGAACAUGAGGCUCAGCAUUAUUUAAAUAAAACUCCGGAAUGCUCAGAAGAUGCAAGUGAAAAAGAUUCUUCAGAUGACCCUUCAGAACUUUGUGGUUACCAAGAUGAUGACGAAUCCAUUAAUGAAAAAGAAACCGUAGAGUUACCAAUUCCAACUUGGAAGUCAAGGAAGGAUUCUACAGAACCAAAGACAUACAUUCAAAGUGUAGAGAAAAAAGCAAACAAUGUAAUUCAGAACGGAAAUGAAAGUUCAUCUGAGGGGAGCGCUACAGUUUCGGUAGACCAAAAGACACCUGUGUUACAGCCAAAUCCUGAGAACUGUAAUGCUGUCAGUGACCAACUAGUCAAUGGGCACAGCGACCCAGAUCAGACAUCAUCAAAGUCAUCAGAAACGCCUUUGGACAGAGUGGCAGAUGAAACAAGGACAGAGAAUGGGUCAGUGUUACCUGUGUUACAGAACUGUCAUGAUAUACCACAGAAUAAUGCUGCUGCCUCACAAUUACCUUCUAAACCAAAUCAGACAACAGAGAAUACUUCGUAUGGUGUCAUCUUAACAAAACCAUAUGUUAGACCCUUGCCUCCAAGUUACCUUGAUGAACGAUACAUUAGUAUGCCAAAACGUAGAAAAAUUUUGACUGAUAAAGUAGAUGCUCACUCUGAACAAGACAAAUUUUGUAGCAAAUCAACAGAAAGAUUUAGAUGUGGCAACUGCUUGACCAUCUACUGUAAUUCAGAAGCACUUGAGGCUCACCUUGCACAAAAGAAGUGUCAGACGCUCUUUGGAUUCGAUUCAGAUGAUGAAAGUGCCUGAUUCAACAUUGUGGGGAAAAUGUAUCAAACAAGGAGUGGUGUAAGAACACUACAUGAAGAAGCAGCAGUUUGUUUCCCAGUUGGCCUUAAAUCAUAAAGCAGUCUCAAAUUAAUAAAGAAAAACAUGACCUUGAUAAAGACAAAGCACAUUUUCUAGACAGAACUCACAGAGGAAUAAUAGGAGCUCUGCAGUUUUUGAGUCCAGAAAGGUUGCUACGCAAUCCCCAAAGUACCAGUUAUCCAAAAAGCCACAUCCAUUUCAAAUGCAUAAUUGGAGCUUCGCGGCACAGUCUUUCUAGCACAAAGGUGUAAAGAAAACAACGCAUACAGCUGAGCAGGCAGAGAAAGCAUAGGUAUUGAUUCCCUUGUGGAAAUAAAAACAGCUGGUUCUUUAAGCUACUCUAGAUUAAAAAAAAAAAAAAAAGUGUGAUUAAAGGCUGUCUAUCCACACAGCUUAGAAGGAGUCUUUCAAGAAGGUGUCACUUUAUGAUGAAACAAGUAAGAAAUGCGUACAGGAACCAAACAUUGUUUUUUCAGAGUUUGAGUAUGUGAUUCCAUCAUAUGCUAAAAUGAGUGGAACUUUAUUAAAUAAACUUGUACUCAGAAUCCAAAGGAGGAAUGUAGAAAGAAAUCUAAGAUGGAUGGAAAGCUCUCAUGUCAAAACCAAUAAAUAACAAAACAUCAAAAAAUCUUGAAGUACAGAGCAUGCAAAGAAAAAGUGCAUUGAUGUGAUAUUAAGUUCUGCACAGUGGAAAUCAGAUGCAUGCAAGAGAAGCCCUUUUCAUGGCUAUAGUUACAGUACAUGUUGAGUGUCCCGUAAAACAUCUGUUUUAGGUGCAGGAAGACUAAUACAAGCAGUACAUGCAAAAGUUGUGUAGAUACUAUCAGAAGCAGACUGAAAAAAUGCAGAAUGUGCAGGGGGGUAGAUGUGCACUACAGGACAGAGUUAAAUGAUUUUAUACAAAUGCAGAGGUGCUUUUUAGCUGUUGGUAUGAUUGAAAAGAACUUGAGAAGGCUUCUUUUAUAAUAAAGGGGAAAUAAUGAAGACAGACAAAACCAGAGCAUGCAUGUCAAGUUAGGAAAGAUCUGGAAGAGCUUGUUUCCACAUGUGUGGUAUUACAUAAUGGUGGUUCAUCACAGCUCAGUACUGUAACAAAUUAUUUACUGUCUAAAGGGAGGGAGGAAAACACAUCAGCUCAGCCUUAAGACAUAGUACAGCAUCUCUUGAAAAGAUAAGCUUUCCUAGAAGUUAGUGAAGGACUUAGUUCAGUGUUAAGCACUUUAUCCAGCAACUGACUGUUCAUAAAAACAAUCAGAAAGAUGUUGUGAAGAUAAGAAAUUUGAGUCUUUCACUUCUAUGCAUCUCAUCGAAAGACAGGAGGUUUAGAAACCAAAAAGAUGCUGUUGUAGUUUUCAAUUUUCAUGCCCCAAACAGAGUUGUGGCAAACAUGCAGAUUGUUUAAUUACUGUGCUAAUUUAUGCUCUGAUAACUAUCAUAUACUGCCUUGCCACCAUAAAAAGUUUUUUGAGAUCCUGUUAUGUGCAAUUAGGUGAAAAUUUUCAUGUGAUCCUAGCCACAAAGCCUAAUGAUGAAAAAUGGUGUGUAAGGAUGGAAUCAUCACAGAAAUGUAGGACAGAAAGGACCAACUGUUCCUGGUCAGCUGGUUUGCUUAUUGACUAGUUCAUCUCAAUGUAUGGAUGGUGUAGUAGGAUGAUCAAUUUGCUUAAAUCAACAGAUACACAAAAAUUCAAAAUAAAAAAGUAAAAAAUCAAGGCAUAAAUAGAUCUGUUCAUUGUAGCAAUGGCUCACACCUGUAAACCUAAGGAUUUCAUUGUAAAAUAGGCUGUUAAGUAGUUCUGGAACUUCCUAGUUCAGUAAUGCCUCUGCUAAUAAUUCUCUGUGAAAUUACAGGUAUUUGCAUUAAUUCUGCUUUUUUUCCUCUCCGGAGAGGUAAAAACGCAAAUUUCAAGUCACGCUUUUUCUAAAUUCUAGAAAAAUUUUGCCUUAAUUUUGAGUUGGAUUAACAUAAAAGGUUAUAAAAUUAUGAUCACAGGUAUGUGUACAUUACAUUAAUACCAAUGGCUGGCCCACUUUGAGAGAUCUUUAUGACAUUUGAGGCACCAAAGAAUUUUUUUUCGCAGUUGCAGAAAAGUGAUUUAAAUUCAUCAUUCAUAUAUAUUACAUACACACUAUAUAUAAAUAUUUACAUAUAUAAAUACAUGAACAUUUUUUCAACAUAAGGGGGACUGUCUCAGCCAAAUGCACUUUCACAUUUUUCUUGCUUCAAAUUAUCAAUUAUUUUUUAAGGACCCGAUUACCAUCUUGAAUGUUCCUAGGUUCCCCUUUCUUUGCUUAACAUCGCUAAUCAGUUAAAUUUGCUUAGGUGUAUUUGGAAAAAAAAAAAAAAAGACAAUUAUCAAGUAUUAUGGCUUUAAAAAUCCGAGAACUCAUUGAAUAAGAUAUGACAAAUGUUUGUGUAAAAUCUUUUAAGUGUACCUUUAAUCUUUGGUGCUUUUUACCUUUUCCUGGAGCUCCGUGUAUUUGAAGAUGCUUUAAAAACAUAAUUAAGACUUGUGUUUUUUUUCUUUUGGUUUAAAGUGUGUAGAUAAAUGCAUCUAUGUACAUGCAUAAACUGUGACCAUAAUUUUUUGUACCUGUAUUAAACUCAUUUUUGUUCAAAAAUGCUGUUCUUGGACACCACCAUUUGUUUAUACCACAUGUUCAGAAUACACACUUCAGAGAUCUGGAAUACUGAGUUCUAAUGUAGGUGAAUAUUACGUCACCUAACACCUAUCAGAAAUAUAUUAAAUUGAAGUAGCAAGUGGGUUGUAACACUUUUGUUUUCAGUAAUGAUUUUACUUCAAAAAACACUGUAUUUUCUUUAAACUGUUCUCGAUUACCUGUUGGUAUUCUCAGAUAGUUUUGGAAUGAAGCAACUUUAAUUAGGAGCCGACAGAUACUUUAAAUGUGUGUGGGAUAAUUCUACAUGCUUUUUUUUAGGAUUCUUUAGUAUGUUGAGUAUCCUAUUAAUAAGCCUGCAACUUUUAGGGCUGAAAAAAGGUUCCAAGUCCAGAAUUGAAAGGUUUUGUCCCAGGCAUUAAGCAUUGUGAUAUAAUGGGAAAUAAUUCAUCAGGAUAUAUCACUUUGAUUCAAUAAACACUGAAGUAUGUGUGUAAUGUAAGCAUGCAAAUUUGUUAAAGUCACCUGAAGUUACACAUGAACAUGGGAGCUUUGCUGGAUCAAAGUUUGUGCAUUUCAUUGCUGAUAAUUAUAUUUUAAUAAUGUUCCUUCAGGUGGCUUUAACUUGGAUUUAAACUUUCCUUUUAAGAUUGUUUAUUCUAACCUUGUUACAGUUCACUGCAGAGAUCAUACCAGUUCAAAUUUUCAAAGAGUUGCCGCUUUGUAGGCACCUUUCAUGGAAAAAAUAAAAAUUGAAAGUGGUCAUAUCUGUGGGGGAAAGGUCACUGGUACUUUGGUUAUUUAGCCAUAUUCAUUGAAACUAUAUAAAUUGUAUAGUUUGGAUAAUUUAUAACAUUAAACUUUGUGAUUUUUAAUAUCACAUUGAAGGUUCAGCUGUACUCAUUUCUUUUGUUGUUUAACACCAGUGGUAUGGACAAAAGACUCAAAGAGGGUGGUAGUGUUACUCUUUUCUUAAUUUAUUUGGUACUGUAUAACACCUUUCUGAUUAAAUGCAGCGUAUGCAUUUUGGGACUCUGUUAAUUUGUAAAAGCUGUUACAGGUUCAGCAAGAAAGGAAAUUUGUGCUUCCUUGUUGAAUGUUAAAUUAUUUUACUUUGCAUUUUAUAUAAGAGUACAAAUUAAAACUGAGCCAUCAAACUGCAAUAAAUCAACAGUAGUGUUUCAUUUUAAAAACUUUUUUGUACUGUACAUAGGUUUGUUCAAUAAAACAUUGUCUUUGUUGUU